AUGGUGUGCUCCCGGAAGAUAUGGAUUGCAAAAAUGUCUGGGUCUGGAAGAUUCCGGGGUUUGUGAUGCAUAUUGUGUAUGAUCCAUGACACAUGUAAUGCAUGAUUUAGCAUCACAGAUUUUUAGAGGGCUUCCUGAUGCCUAUUCCGCAUGAGAAAUUCCCUCUCCGCGUAUACACAAACUGGACUCCUGUUGCUGGUCACGCAAUACAGAUUUUUUUGGAAUCCAAAGACAGCAUGACAAGUUGCAAUGUUCCAGAUCCAGACAUUUUUGCAAUCCAUAGAAGAGCAGCCACGAGGGCGUGGACGCGCCGAACCCGGACGCUGCGGUGCAAGAGCGUGUGCAGCAUAUCAAAUGUAAAAAUGUCUGGGUCUGGAAGAAUGCAGGUUUGUCAUGCAGGUUUUCCAUAACCCAUGAGGUCUGGUAUAUAGGACAUAGCAUGACAGAUUCUGUGAGAGCUCUAUCAUGCCUAUGCUGCAUGAGAAAGUGCCUCUCGAUUAGGUCAAAAGUGGACAGCUUUUGGGAAUCAUGCAACACAGAUUUUUACAUGAUUCUGAUUUAGCAUGACAAGUUGCUUUGUUCCAGACCCAGACAUUUUUGCAAUCCAUACAGCAGUCUCGGCUGCAAAACAGGAGGCUGCCCGCCAGGCGGCAUGCCGUGAUAUUCACACCGGAGCAGGCAGCGAUCGAGUUUGCCAACGUUGCGCAAGAGCUCGAAAUCCGGAACAGCAGGGAUACAGGGAUUGUGGUAUCUAUAACUUUCUUUUGAUAUUAACAUUAUUAGAUAGACGAUUUCGACUCCGAGCGUUCUUUUUGAAAGGAGCGCAUAGUAUCUUCUUGGUAGAAGAUCCCCACGAAGAAUACUCUAUUUUUUUUUUUUUUUCAUAAGAAGAAACAGAAAGUCACGUUUUUUUGUGAGCUUUGGAAACAGAAGAAGAAAACAACGCAACUGAAAUCCAGCCCGCUGACGUGGACGAGGACGACUCGUGUUCUAGCAGCGGGUGCGAAACACCGCAACGCACAGAGUCUCCGAACUCGAUGCCUUGCAGUGUGCGCUUGGGAUCAACAGCGCCAGCCGAUCUGGACUUUGGCAUCAACGAAGCGGCACGGCAAUUGCAGGAGCUGCGACUAGACCAGCCGGCUCUGGUCCUUCCGCCGGCGGACGGCCCAGGCUCACCUUCGACAGUUUCCUCGACGCCGGGCGGUCCCUCGGAAUUUACCGCGGCAGUAACGCAGGAACAGCCGGCGGACCGAGUAGUGGAACUCGAGGGGCAGCACCGUGAGAUCAUACCCUCAUAUCUGUGAAGAUCUUUUUAUUUUUUUCGAGCUCUUCGUUCUGAUGUUUCAUUUGGUUGAUGUAUGCAAGCGAAACGAAGGAAAGAACGAUCUGUACACAAAAGAGCUUAGGCCUGCUGGGGGAUGUAGCGACUGUUGGUUUUUUAACAACAUCAGUAACCUGUACGAUAUCAUAUGCUCUUCUGUGGCUGCAGCGCUAAUAAGAAAACAUGAGCGUGUAUCAAAAAAAAUACAACUAAUUUUCUAGCAAUGUACUAGUAAUUUCGCGGCCUUAUUAUUUCCGCGGCGGUGACAGAACACUGGAAACAAAGCGGACAGCGAUGUAAACGCGUUAUGCUAGACUGUUUUUUUAGAAGCAUCAUGACCAAGCAAACGACAACUGUAUGUACGAGUUUGGAAAAAGAAUCAUAUCAAUCAUGGUGUAUGAUUUUCUUACGACAUUUAUUGUACAUGCCGCGGAUGAGCACGAGAACAAGAUGAGCAUGACUGGAAUUCUGAAAUUGGGGGGUGUGCGCUACGACACAAAAGAAAAUGUAAACCUAGAUAUCUAUUCUCAUGAAAAAAACGCGCUUAGCUCAGUGUUGAGCAGGGGUUUCGACGGGUGUGAAAUAUUAAUUUGUCUGGUGAAAACAACAUUUUGGACUUGCAGGCCUUCGCGAGUUGGCGACGGGAUUUCUUUGGCACAUUGAUUUUUUUGUUGGACGUUCUUUUUGUUUUCUGAAUAUUGAAAAAACGGUAAACGAACCUCGGCGGCUGCUAACUGAUUCAU